AUUACCAGCAACAAGAGCAGCAGCAGCAGUAGAUAGUGUCAGGAAGCUCCCCUAGUUUAGAGUUGGGGAGACAUAAAAAAACAAAGUUGUGACGCACUUGCGGGCAAUCGUGCAAAUGUGACCCACUCGAACCUCCUCAGUUAGGAAUCAUUAUUGACCGUCACCGCAGUCAACAUACUGAAAAGAGAUAGUGCCUCGGAGUCGCUGAGAAUCCUUGCUCGUAUCAGCAACGCAGAGCAUGCAAAUAUCUCCACUUUUAACUAAAGAACGAAAAAGGAAUUCAUCUUGGAAGCCAAAGCGUUGAUCAUCAUCCCAUCAACCAUAAAAAAAAAAAAAACAAUUUCUUACAGUCAACCCAGAUGCUGCUGCGGCUAUCCCAAUCAGAGACGCAGACGAAAUAACCGCACGGAGUGUAUUUUGCAUCCCUUUGGAUGUCGCGCAAACCGCAAUCCGACACCGACAUUUGAGACGGUCAACCGCAGACACCGCAUUCGCUGUUCCCUGGACAAGGGCAUUCCACACGCGAGCGCGUGUGCGGCAUAACCAUGACAUCGAACAGGCAGUACGACACCAAAACCUACGACACGCUAACGAACCAGGACACGAACCCGUUCGCCGGCGACAAACCGCCGGGAUCGCCCACGAUCGAGGAGGAGGACACACCGCAGGUGAUCCACGUUGUACCGGAAACGAGCAAAGCACGAUGGAACCACAUAGAAGAUUUGGAUUCGUUUUUCACCCGGGUCUACACUUACCAUCAAAAGCACGGUUUCUACGUGAUGAUGCUGCAGAAGCUGUUCGAACUGUUUCAGUUUGUGUUCGUGGUUGUGCUGAUCACGUACAUGUUCAACUGCAUCAGCUAUGAGACUCUUUUCCGUGACAAGAUCAUAGAAAAUGAAACAAAAGUGUCCCUAAGCGAUGCCAUGAUAAGCAUGCCGGAGUGUGCCGCCACACUCGGUGGAUUCCAGUGGCUGGCGUUGCUGCUGGCCGGACUGUUUUGGAUGUUUCGGUUGUUCAAAUUUUUCUACCAAUUCUUUCAAUUUUGGGACAUUAAAAUGUUUUACAAUACGGCGCUGAAAAUCGAUGAUGCUGACCUGGACAAUCUCACCUGGCACGAGGUGCAAAAGUGCAUUCGGGAGGUGCAAUCCGAGAUACAGAUGAGUAUCAACAAGGAGCAACUGACUGAGCUAGAUAUUUACCAUAGAAUCUUAAGGUUUAAAAACUACAUGGUAGCCAUGAUGAACAAAUCGCUGCUACCAGCCACGACCAAGCUGCCAUUACUAGGAAACGUAGUACUAAUGAGUCAAGCGUUACGCUACAACAUAGGAUUAAUUCUAUUCUGGGGGCCAUGGUCGCCGUUCGAAAACAACUGGCAUCUGCGGGAGGAGUACAAGCGGCCCAGCAUGCGCUCCGAGUUGGCCGCGAAACUGUCCAAACAAAUCCUCUGGGUUGCCAUAGCCAACCUCGCCCUAUCACCGUUCAUCUUCCUCUGCCAGCUGAUGUACUUCUUUUUCAAUUAUGCCGACCUGAUCAAAAAAGAACCCGGCACGCUCGGCAUUCGAUGCUGGUCUCAGUACGGGAAGCUCUACCUGCGCCACUUCAACGAGCUCGAUCACGAGCUGGACGCCCGACUUACGCGUGCCUACCGACCGGCAGUGAAGUAUAUGAAUUCGUUCUCUUCCCCACUGCUGACCGUUAUCGCUAGAAACAUUGCCUUCGAUGCGGGUGGCGUAGCAUCGCUUAUUUUGCUGUUGGCCGUGUACGACGAGGAUGUAUUUCAGGUGCAACACGUGUUUACACUCUUCACCGUCCUGGGAAUGAUCAGCGUGGUCGCAAGAUCGCUCAUCCCGGAUGAAAAUAUGGUCUGGUGUCCGGAGCAGCUGCUAAGAAACGUGCUGGCGCACGUACACUACCUUCCGGCGACAUGGCGUGGCCACGCGCACUCUUCACACGUGCGAGAUCAAUUUGAGUUGUUUUUCCAACUGAAAAUUAUGUACAUAUUGAACGAACUGUUCAGCCCAUUAGUGGCCCCGUUUGUGCUGCUGUACGAUCUCCGCCCGAAAUCACAGCAGCUGGUCGAUUUCUUCCGCAACUUUACCGUGGACGUCAUCGGGGUGGGCGACGUUUGCUCGUUCGCCCAGAUGGACGUACGGAAGCAUGGCAAUCCAAACUGGCAGGUGCCGGUCGUGGCGGACGACAAGGAUAGCGAAAGUGAAACGCCUCUCAUCACGCCCACAUCGGAUCCGGGAGGACCGGCGCCAGCAAUCGGUACCGGUGGUCGUCCCGCACCGCCGCUCGGUGCCACGCCGUACAAUCAGGGCGAACAUGGCAAGAUCGAGCUGUCCCUCGUACACUUCACGCUCACCAAUCCCACCUGGCAGAUGCCACCGGAAGCGAAACAAUUCGUGCAGGGCAUAAAACGUCACGCGCUGCAAGACCUGAACCGCCAGCGGGGUAUGAUGCUCGGGCUGCACAACCCCACCGCCAUGGGACAGAGUCUGCUAUCGAUGGAGAGCAUGGGUGCGGAGUAUUCCUCCAUCAUUCAGCCGAUCCUGCAGACGCACAAUCUGUCCAACUCGCAGCAUCUGGGACUUUCGAUGCAUCUCGGUGGGUUCGGUUCGCCCAUACCUCCGAUGACACCGAUGGGUGCUGCGGUUCACCAACCCCCGGCCGUACACCUCCCUCCGCAGCAACUGCAACAGCAGCAGCAGCAGCAAUCUCACUACCAUUUUUCGCCACCGUCGUACGACUUUGAGCGGAUGCUGCAGCAAAAUCUGACCGACGCCAGCACGGUGGUACCACCGAUGCCCACGCGGAGCACCUUCCUGGCCGACAUCAAUGAGAACGAUGACGAGAAUGCGGGCAUGGGUGGUCCCUCGAUGGAACCACCACCGUCGGUCGGAGCUGGUCGCAUGCAAGGUGGCGAUCCGGAAGUGGAAGCGAGUCGCUACGGAGCGACACCGGCGUUGGGUGGAGAGGGGAUGAUUUUCAGCACGCGCGGAGGCAUGUCGCGUCGCGAAGGUCCUGCUAGUGGCUCCCGCAAUGGGCUGCUGUCGAGUCUCUACGGUGAUAUGCCGGCGUAUGUGCAGGCACCGCACGAAUUUACGACCGCCGACAUGUGUCUUAGUACGUUGUACCUGCACGAGUUGCAUCACAAUCAUCUGCGACGUCAAGGUGCUAGCUUGCAGCUUGACAUGGACGCACCGCCACCGGGCGCCUUCCAUCGACCGUCGGGCGGCGGUGCGGCUGGCCGCUUCCUGGGAGUGGGCAAUAUUCGCCCGUUCGGCUCGGUAGUCCAGCCAUCGCUAGUCAGCCACCCGUUGCGCACGAUCGCGCCGGGCAUCAUCGGUACGGGUGCCGGUGGAGGAACCGCAGGGCCAUCGAGCUCUUCAUCGUCGUCGGCGGCAGCGGCCGAACGGACGCCACUGCUCGGAGGCAAAAAGUCAUAGCACCGGGCCGAAUGGGUCUAACGGCUGUGGGAGGACAGACCGAGCGAGGGGGCGGCGGGCGUGACGACGGUGUGCAAUGUUAAGUUUGAGCAAAUUGUGUGAAAAAAUGUACGCGAAGCACACCGAGCCUAGAUGAAUGCCCCCCGCACCCACUCACCACUGAUACUCGUACCCUCAUCUCAUCGGACCGAGAGAUAAAGGAGGAGGUUUACUAGUUUUGCGUGAUAAUAACAUGGGUAAAUCCAACUUAAUAUAAGGGGUAAAAACAGUGAAAGCAAUGAUAGAUACAACGAAGAGUUAAAAAAAACACCUGUGAACGGUGGCUGAAUGCUUUGUAAAUACAUCGACUAAGAACAAAACUGUUAUUUGCACCACACAACUAACAACAGUCACGAGAACUACUCUGAGCGAUAGGAAACGGCAGCUUCCAACAGUCUCAACCUCCAGCGGGAACCUACUGUGGGAUAUUAUUGAACGCAAUGGCUGUUUGUUCAAUAAGAUAUCUUUCCCACAUUGCAACCGAUUUCGUCAGUUUUCAAUACAAGCGCAUUAGCACAAUUUGUAAAUGACUUCAAACGAAUCAUGUAAAAACAACAAACAAGCCAAACCACUAUUCGUAACAGCACCAGAAUCAAAACAGCAAUACGGAAAAUCACGUUAAAGAUUGGAGUCGUCACAGAAAGGCGUCGUAAAUGGUACAAACGGAAGAUUGCAGCAAAGAUUGGGGAAACGGACGAACACUCGGGGCGAAAAAGUUCUAGAACGGAGUGUCACAGUGCAUCCUGUAAAAAACGACAUGAGUGGUUUAAGAAGAUCGAUUGUAAAAAGCUUACGUAAGAUGAUAAAAUAAAGAAAAGGCAUAUUUUUUAAAUUUUAUACCA